GGAGCUGGAUCAGACAGUGUGUCCCAAGAUCUGGGAAGUGGGUACAGAAGACACUGCUUACGCUGGAAUCUGGAGCAACAAACAAUCUGCUGGAGUAACUCAGCAGGUCGAGCAUCAUUUGUGGGGGGGAAAGGACUUGUCGAUGUUUCAGGACUGGGUUUUGACCCGAAUCAUUGACAGUUCCUUCUCCCCUCACAGGUGCUGUUCCAUCUGCUGAGUUCAUCCAGCAGAUUGUCUGUUGCUCUGGGAAGUGGGUGUUGGUGGUUGGUCGGAUCUAGAGGGGCUAGUGAAAGGGUUAAAUGCCAGAGGAGUUGGGAAUGGAGGAAGUAGUGAAGUUCAUAGAGGCCAUUUACUGUGAACAGCCAUUGGACUAGUGGCUGCAAAAUCUGUCAGCCCAGAAUCUUGCUGUAACAAGCACAUCAAAUUCACAUCUGGACGUGUUAGUGCCUGAGUAGUUGUACUGAGGAUACGCAUGUCUGACAAUGGAGUUUCCAGACCUGGGGAAACACUGUUCUGAAAAUUCCUGCAAACGGCUGGAUUUUCUUCCUAUGAAGUGUGAUGCAUGCGCACAGAUCUUCUGCAAGGACCACAUCAGCUAUGCACAGCAUAAGUGCACCUCCUCUUAUAAAAAGGACAUACAGGUACCCGUGUGUCCUCUGUGUAACACCCCAGUUCCUGUCAGAAGGGGAGAAAUGCCAGACAUCCGUGUUGGUGAACACAUAGACAGAGAAUGUAAAUCUGAUCCUGCCCAGAAAAAACGCAAGAUUUUUACGAACAAGUGCUCGAAGUCAGGGUGCAAACAGAAAGAGAUGAUCAAAGUGACAUGUGACCAGUGUCACUUAAAUUUCUGCUUAAAGCACAGGCACCCCUUGGAUCAUGCAUGUGAGGCUGAUGGAAAGCCUCUCUCCAAAGCAGGUAAUGCUGCCAUUAAGAGAGCUCAGGGAACACCAAAACCCAGUGUAGUGCCAUCUACAAGCAAAGGCGCAGCUAGCAGUCGACCAAAUGGACUGAAUACAUCAGCACCCCCACAUUAUAACAGUGACCCUCCAAGAAACAUCCCUACAUCUGCAUCUCUGCAAGCAGGAUUGACUGAAGAGCAAGCCCUGCAGAGAGCUUUGGAGAGGUCACUAGCUGAAUCUUCCAGAAAUGCAGCUCCCAGUCACCAAGAGCAGGAAGACUUGGCCUUGGCUCAGGCUAUUGCUGCCAGUGAGGAAGAAUUUCGUCGUCAACAGCAGCAGACGCAGCAACGAGGUUCCAGGUCCUUGCCCUGUAAACUUUCCUGACCUUGACAUUCUGACUCUGCAGCAUUACCUUACCGUCAAUACUUCAAUAUGUGUCAUUGGAGCUUGGGGCUCUCAAACAAAAAUGGGGGCUUUUGGUUUAGUGAAAUAAAUGCCCUCUGUCAGUGAAUGCUACAAUAACCAUGAUUGAUUGAUUCUAUUGAUAAAUCUAUUUCCUAUGAGUUUUUCCAUUGAAUUCCUAUAUAAAUUUAUAUGUAACUGAAUAAUAAAGAGAACAUUAUGUAUAGCAGCAAAGUGCACAUUACAGCUAUAAUAUUUAAUCAUAUGUAUUGUAUUGAUUUCUAAAGAAUAAAGUAUUUUAAAAUAGGUGCAUUAAGCAUUUCAAGUGGUCAGUAGAACAUUGUGUAUCUGCCCAAGACUGAUUUCACACCCUGUACCUUUAACUUGGCAUAGUGCUGCAUUCAGGAUGAUUUGCAUUUGCAGUUUUUCCUGACAGCACUAUUGAAUAUUUCAGAUUAAAAGUAAUACAUUGUGCAUGAAAGAAAUGGCUUUAAAAAAAGUCCCUAGAUUGAUUUAACCAAUUAAUAUUAUCAGUAAAAUUGCAUAUGAAACCUAUUCAAAUUGGGUUAUCGGCAUAUCCACACUUGCAAUCUCCACUCUUGACAGAAGUGAAAUUGUUUGGAUUUUUAUGAAUGUUAAAUUGAAAUUGUUUAACUCUAUUAUCAAAGGCAAUGAUUUUUUUGACUGCAUUUAUUUAAGUAGUCAUUUCUGUAUAUGUAGCAGGAAAGUGUUUCCUCAUACUCUGGAUAUUUAAACUUGGGCUGCAGUAAUCUUCCCAUUCUGGACUAUUUACAAGUGCCAAACACUGGUGAGCUGAAUUUCUUUCUGCUUGCCAGGUAUGUUUAUCAAUGUGUUAUGUAAUUAACUGGAACAAAACCCAAACUUGAUGACUAGUCAAGACCAUAUUGACUAAAUUUGGUUGACUGGUU